AUGUGUAGCUAUAUGAGAGGUAAGUCCACCCCUAAGGAGAUUUCACCUGAGGAUGAUGACAGCCAGGGGUAUCACCUCUCACCAUCGAUGCUCACAUCACCAAAUGAGGUAUCAACAGCCUCAAUGGUGUCUGUUCCUGGUGAGGCUGAGUCGGACGAGCCUUUAAGAAGGAGGUUAGAUCUGAGGAGUCUCAGUGAAGGAGUUGCAGCACUCGUCUUCCCAUCGAUGUCCCUUGUCCGCCAAACAUUACGGCGAGUGGUAUGUACACAAGGUAGACCGGACACCGAUGCAUUAGUAAGAUCCUUAGGAUUACACGACUUCUUAGUAGGUGAUGAUGAGGAAGAGUAUGAACCAUUUGAUGAAGGUUAUGUUUGCAAGAUGGCUCAUAGAGCAGCUUCAAUGUUAGGUUUAGAAUACCGGAAAUUGAUGGACAGUUAUGGUGAGGAGUUUUUCUGUCUUUGUUUCGAGCGGUACGGGGCUGUCGUUGGAGCUUUAGGUGGAACUUUGGCGGAAUUCUACGGCAACAUUGACGGGUUUUAUGAACAUAUUUUAGGUCAAGGAGUUAUCAAUGAAGAACAGUUACAGGGGCAAACUCCUUCCUAUCGAUGUUCAAUCGAAGCGGAUGGUAAAUUGUUAUUACACUACUACACCAGCAGCCAUAGCCUGGAGCUAAGCAUGUUGGGACAGAUUCGUAUGGCCUCAAUCCUGCUCUUUAAUACAUUCGUUGAAGUUGAACUCGUAAAACAACGAGGCCACGGUUGCGACCAUUGCGUCUACGGGAUUCAACCCCUGUUGGAAGACCAGAAGAACGGUACCAAACACCUCCAAAAUGGAACAAUGGACAGGAUGCUCUCGUCGAAACAUAUAGACUCUAAGAUCACCGUAUCCGUCUUCUGUGCUGCGUUUCCGUUUCAUAUAAUGUUUAAUCGACAGUUAGUGAUUCUUCAACUUGGAGAUACAGUCAUGAGAAUGAUGUCAUCACGUGCCUCGAACAAUGGGCUCAACUUUAACUCGUAUUUUACGGUACUAGCCCCUCUUAUUGAGCCAGUUAACUUUGAUGGGAUGCUGGGCCAAAUAAACAAAUCCUUCAUAUUGCAACCAACGGGGAUUGGCAUGACCGCAAAAGCAUCUAAAGAUGGAAAAACAUUGGCAAACACAGUCAGGGGCCAGAUGAUCCACAUACCCGAAAGUGACACGAUCUUAUUCCUCGGAUCACCCAAAGUAGGCAACCUAGAAGAGCUGACAGGAAGGGGAUUAUAUCUCUCAGACAUCCCCAUUCACGAUGCUACCCGAGACCUCAUCCUCGUCGGAGAACAAAACAAAGCCCAAGACGGCCUCAAGAAACGCAUGGACAAACUCAAUGCUAAGAUCUUGCAGGCUAGCAACCAGGUUGCCGUGGAGAAGAAGAAGAAUGUGGACCUGUUAAACCUCAUCUUCCCCGCGGAGGUGGCUGCCAAACUAUGGGCAGGAGAGGUACUGGCACCCAGCACGAUGGACCAUGUGACCAUGCUGUUUUCUGACAUUGUUGGCUUUACGGCUAUCUGCUCGAACUGCACGCCAUUUAUUGUUAUCAAUAUGCUCAACAGUCUCUAUACGCAAUUUGAUGAUUUCUGUGGGAUCUUGGACAUUUACAAGGUGGAAACCAUAGGCGACGCCUAUUGCGUUGCUGGUGGUCUGAACCAAGUCUCGGAUACACACGCACAACGGGUUUCCAAAAUGGCGCUGAAAAUGAUGGAAGCGGCUAGAACUGUGAUGUCACAUGACGGAACUCCACUUAAGAUGAGAAUAGGAUUACAUACGGGGGCAAUCGUAGCCGGUAUUGUAGGCAAGCAGAUGCCUCGAUAUUGUCUCUUCGGUAACAAUGUGACGUUAGCGAACAAAUUCGAAUCACACAGUGAGCCUCUCAAAAUCAACAUCAGUCCUACAACACACGAACUCCUUGAGAAAUCGGGAAGAUUUUCUUUCAUUCCGAGGGCCCGAGAGACGCUUCCAGCGGGCUUCCCGGCGACUACUCCCGGGACGUGUUACUUCCUAGACGGCUACUCACCCGACCCCGAGAGCGAGAUUGACCAGAAACUUUGGUAGUCGCGCAAUUGCUUAAAAAAACAAAAUGUAAAAACUAAAAAAGAAAUUAAGGAAAAAAAAAAAAAAAAAAAAAUACAAGUAAUAUUUAAUCAAAUGGAAUCUUUGAGGUAAGGCACAACAUUAUGUUCCAAGCUCAUUGAAGUUAUACUCUGUGUAGACCUUUAUCAUGGUGUGGCCAUAUUGAUUUUACUCCAUUUCAACUCAUUGUAACCAAACUGAGGCUGGACGAAAUAAUAGUCUGGUACCAUGUUUGCGCAAUCAAUGUAAGUAUUCAUUACUAUUUUUGGAAACAGGAAACAUGACUUAGAUGAUGACAGCGUUUUAAAUGUCCAUUGGCUUCCGUAAUUAGUUCUAGCUUCUCAUGAGACAGUUCGUUCUGAAAGCGCCGUAAGAAAAGUUAAAAUAAAUAUAAAAAAAAAAACACUCUCAAUUUGAGUCAAAGAAUACCCUCAUUGUACUUAAUUGUGCAAACCCAUUGUUACAAACCUUAUUUCAAAUACAGAAGCAGAAGUCCAGAGUUGUGCAAAGGAAACUAAUGCUGUGCUUUAUCCUAAAGCUAUUUCACGGUACUUCACGCUCCUUUAGGUAGAAAUUAUAGUUUCAGAACAUUUCCAGUGAAUAAAGAGGUUUAAAACAUGUUUGAUGGCCUGAUCAAAGUAUCGACAAAAGGGAAAAAUACGUUCUUUACUUUAACAUUUUCAAGAUAAACAUUUACACAGUUCAAACUAAUUAUAAUUGUGACGGUGAAAAAGGGUUCCUAGGUUAUGGCCGCGUCCGCAAUGAAAGAUUGAAUUAUAUGAUGUUUCUGUAUAUAAUUUUCAUCAAGUAUAAAAUUAAAAACACGGAUAUGCGAAAUUGAACGACAGACAUAACUGACAUUACCUGACUUGAUGACGUCAACUCGACCUGACAAUUGGACAUACUUGUGAUAUCUCCUCACUGACCUUCAAAGGCUGUUAUAUAAAUAGAACAUGAAUGUCAUUCAUGUCACCUGACAAAGGCAUCAAUAUAUGAUUCAUGAUCACGUGCUAGCUUUAUGACCAGCCGUCAAUUUUACGAAAAAAACUCUUCCUAACUAAGGAUUAAUUUUAAGAUUUAGGACGAGUUAAGUAGACGUUAGGACGCAUUGAACCCAUAGGACGAGUUACUCGUCCUAACUCGAGAUAGGAUUCAUCCAUAAGGUUCGUCAAAUCUGCCGCAGUGUACACAAAAGAACGUGCCUCAUCAGUUUAGCUCAAAGCGAAUCUGGAAGAUUAAUAUUAUCUCUGAAAAUACUGUGUUGAUUUAAAAUAGAUUAAUUUUCAUUUGGGUAAAAGGAAGAGUUAUACCCCAUUAGGUUUCCCACAACAGACGCAAACUUAAUAAUAGAUGAGUCUAUAUCAGGCUUGACGUGAAGAUACAUUUUGAAGUUUAUUAUAUCAAUACAAAUCCAUCAAUUUCAUUUUAUUCAAAUUGCUUUGAAGGUUAGUAUCAUCAUUUUUAAGAGAUUGAGCAGUUUAGUAGCGUUUAAACACAAAUCUGUCAUGUUGAAAACGGAACUCCAAAUUAUGGUUUAAAAACCGAGCAUUUUCAGUUUUGUACAGCCGUAUGUCUAGACAAAACCAUGAAUAUAUUCCUCUUUAAUGCAAUGACACCUGGAAACAGGUGCUAUGUACAUAAAUAGGCUCGUAAAUGUUCACAAAAUAUGUAAUGGACAUUCAAGAACGCUGCAUGCCUUUACCAUGCAGUCUCACCACACGAAGCUAUUAUGGCUCUUAUUGGACGCCAAAGGAGACGAAACUAAAUCAAAUUUGAUGUUUAUCAGCUACACACACAUCCAACUUAAAGGCCUUGGAUGAAUUUAACUUGGAAACCUUCAUAAUAAUUUGAUCAGAAGAAGAUUAUCUUCCACGAAUUCUCAGACACACAAUUCGAUUUUCAAUUUUGGGAACACUCAACUGACAUAAUUACAUAAGGACAAGUUAACGGUGUGUACGUAAAAGCACCGUAAAGAGAGAGUAGCAUUGCUGCACAGGCUAAUCGUAAAACUAUCAAAAAGUGGAUUAAGUUCAUUUAUUUACCAUUUCCUUUUAUUGGCUAGCCAAUACAAGUUGGUCAAGACAGAUUUCCACUCAAGCCCUGUGUCUUUAAAUAAAAUAUCAAAAACUAUACAAAAAUGUUUUAACAAUAAUUACACUCUUAUCAUCUGAUACACAUUUCCAACUCCAAGUUGUCUUGUGAGAAAUUGAUGUAAUUUAUGUGCAUUUUUCUUAAGUGUCUGCACGUUUUUUAUUAGGAACAAUCCCAUGAUGGCACAUAUUUAUUUGAACAAUUCUCUUUAAAUACGAUGCUAGACACUCCCUUUAAACUUCUUCCUUCGAUAUGAAGCUGACGGCUUUUCCUUUAAGCCUUUUGGACAACAAUUAUUCAAUAAAGAGUCUCAAAUUUCCACAAUGCCCCGAAGUUCUUGCGAGUUGACUGAGGUUAAUUACCGCCAUUUUGAAUUUUCUACGUUUUUUGCAAGAGCGAACAACUUGGUUAAGACAGGCCACAAACGAGGUCAACAACUAAUAGCAGACGAUAAUUGCACAUGGCUCUUAAAAACGCUUUUCCCAUUGUCAUAUUUGAUUCCAAUUGACCCCUUUAUGUGGUCUGAUUUACAAGGUUUUCUUUUAUUUCUUAAACUAAAUUGAUGACGUCAUCACCUCACAGCGAGAAGUGUUGUCAAUCACAACUAAUAAUCAUCAAUAAUUGAUUUAGUUUCAUAGAGAUAAACCUCAAACACUCAUUAAAACUCACAAUGUAACCGUAAAAUGGUGUUAAUGCUCGCGUUUCUCAGAAUAAAAUUAAGUGACGGUUUUUACUCCAGAGGCAAUAUCGCAUUAUUACAAACCGUGAAAUAAUAUGCCCUUUUACCGAAAACAUAUACUUUUAUCAUUUAUUUAUGUGACUUUUUUAAUUUUUGGGUUUGCUUGAUUUUGCUUGACAUAUCUUAAAGAAGUGACCAUCAUUUGGUUUUGAGGCCGUGUGUAUCAAAUAAGAAAAGAUAGCGACAAACAAUAGUGACAUACACAUACAAAAAUACAGACAAGAAACCAACCAUGAGACAGCAACUACUUCAUACUGACAAGACGCACGCCACACAGAUAGACAAAAACAAACAAACAAACGGACCGACAAAUAGUGUAGUGGUGUUUGGGGUGGCGUUUUACCAUGAGGCGAUUUUAAAUAUUUUAGUCAAUAAUGAGGGAGUAAAUGUUUACAGUGUUUAAAACAGGCAUGAUAUUCAGCCAUUGGGGGAAAAAAGGAGAAAUAUUUUAUCGAGUACAAGUUCUGAUCUACACACCAAGGUUAUAGGCUUGACUGUUCAUGCCAUUCAAUCGCAUUUUUUUCUGACUUUCCAAGUCGGAAAAAAAAAAAAAAAUACCAAAUAGCAAAUCGGAAAUCAGACUGAGUUAGGGAAGAAUAUCACCCUGUUUUAAAGAAAACACGUAUAAUGGAAUUAAAUAAAUAUUGCCAUGGUCAUGAAACACAUUUAAUGUGCAACCAUAAGAUCGAACCAAUUCUUCAUCGGGUAUUGUGAUGACUUUGACAACAUGACAACGAAGACAACUCCCCGACGAACAUGGAGCAUCUUACACCUUUAGCAGAUAAACAAAUUUAAACCCAAUUCUAGAACAUCAACAGCAACGAAACAAAAGGUUCACAUUGAAGUUAUGACGUCAAAACAAAGCACGCAACAAACCUCAUAAUUCCUUUCAACCUGAAGGACUUUGAUUGAAGGUCUGCGAGGCGAGUGUUGAGGGACAAUAUUUUGAAUUUGAUGGAAAAGAAGAACGUGCUUAAUUGGCUUUUUAUAAACGAAAAAAGAAGAGAUUAGUCUAAUCCUUUACGCCUGGAGUUCCUUCAAACCUGUGAAUUUAUAAAAUGAUAAAUGGCUGGGAGACCAUCUUUGCCAGUAGGAUGAAAGACAAAAUGCUGAUUGAAUUAACCGAAUGUACUGUUAUUAACAAUGGAUUCCAGAGUGCGUUUUUUUUUCUUGUUGCAAAAAGGCGGUUUCUUUGAGAAGGUUAUUGUCGCUACCUUACGGAGACCAAGGACAAAACAAAAAGGGAAAUUAAAAUCACCCCAUAUGGGAAGUAUAAAGACUGGUUGCCCAAUAAGGAAGCUUGUGUACAAAGUCUAUGGGAACUGUUAAAUGCAGGGACAAAGAAAAGAACAAAAGAAAUGCUCCACAAGGAUGCAUUUUUUUAUGUGUGAAUAAUGAAGUAUAAACAAUUUUGAGACUAGCUGGUUAUGCCGUGGAGUGGACUUUUUACAAUGGUGUUGGUUAUCAUAUUAUAGUAUUAAACAAAAAUAACAUCUGUAUCAUUUUAGAUGAUUGUAGACAGAGUUAAAGAUGUGCAAAAUUUGUUCUGAUCGAAGAGUGUUUAUUUCCUUGAGAAUUUCCUUGAGAAGCUUUGAAGGAAUAGCAGGAAGGACCAAAAUGUAAAAGACUGACGAUUUUAGGACUUCAUUGACAAAAAAAACUCCCCAACAUAAAUUGAAACAGAGCACACAAGUAGAAACAUUUCUACCUCCUUGUUUGUUUCUAUAUUAGCAAAUAGUGGUAAGUUGACUGACUCAUUCUCAGAUGCGGCUUUGCAUGCCGUAUGGUAAAAGAGCAACAGAAUAAACGAAGCGAAAA